AUGGAUCAGUACGAUCCACACCAGCCUCCAAGAGAUACACCUGAAAUAACCCCCUUCGCACCCGCGAAUACUAGCGUUGGGCCUACCGAGAAUUUACUGCGAUUAAGGACGAUAACUGACGAUUCACCUGGCGAUACUAAAGUUGAAAGAGUUUUUAGUGAUACAAGGUCAGUUGCUUCAACAAGGACGAAUGCUUCGAAUGCCUCUCGACUCCGGGAACGGAUUCGCAGGGAUCUGUCAUGGGGGACAAAGUUGCACUGGUUCCUUCCGAGUGCGAUGGUAGGACUAUUCAUCCUGGGGCUGUUGGGAUCUUUGCUGCAUCACUGGUUCUACCUUUCUUUGGAUGGAAAGGGUGCGAAGGAUCAAUUGAUAAUGGUUCGGUUUGGGACGGCGUUUGCAUUCUUCACGAAGGCUGCUUUAGUUGGGAGUAUCGUUCUUGCGUAUAGGUUUGUGGAGUCGCGGUGAUGGUGGUAAUGAUAGAUUGUGAUGCUGAUAGCUAUAGACAACGGGUCUGGUACACGCUGAGAACCAAGGCUAUUUCAGUAAAGGGGAUCGAUAAUUUGUUUGCACUGACGGAGGACCCUACAUGCUUCUAUUCCAAGGAUGUUGCAUUCAGAGCGAGAGUUGCGACAGCCAUGGCACUGGCAACAUGGUUAGUCUUAGAGUUUUCACCUACUGCUAUCUAAAAGGGAUCAUCGCUGAGAAUAAUUCUAGGAUUAUACCCCUCGCCGCUGUCUUGUCCCCCGGUGCGCUCACGGCACAACCAACAUAUGUGACAUCGGAUAGUGAAUGCACUGUACGAUCUUUAAACACCUCCGCGCAAAAUGAUGCCGUUCAGGAUAGACCCAAAUCCGGGGUCGGGGGGUACGAUCUAGUAACUUUCAAUAUCUCUGAGGCUGUAGGUGCACCGCGGUACUUCGGUGAUAUCGGCUACAUGUUGUCUCAAGUAUCCGCGUUCACAUUCUAUUCAAGAAAACCUAUUCCAAUCCACUCCCCUUGUGAAGGGUAUAACUGUACCUGGAACAUCGGUUUCGAUGCGCCAUGGUAUGAAUGUGAGGAGAAAAGCGUCGAUGAGGCAAGGGAGGCGCUAGCGACUAUGCAGUGGAACGAUAUCGAUACCGGCCCUUGGGCACCCCGGGGCGUCAUGACCUUGAGUGUCAUAUCCGACGGAUCUGAUUAUGAACCCAACCAGCCACUCUAUAAGAACGGCACAGACAACAUGCAGGGCUAUUUCGAGGACGAGCCGACCAUACGAGUCGGGUACCUCGUCGACACACACAUCCCCGUGGCGGAAGGAUCCGUAGUGUCGCGCAACGGCACCUGGAACGGCACCUGGAAAACCGUUUUCGAACCUCACUGGUUAAGUUGCGAUCUGUUCAAGGCGUACUGGAAUGUAACCCUCAACUUCACCAACGAGGCCCAAUCCGCCACAACCAAAGCGUCGAAUAAAAGGCGGGUAUUUGAAAAACCAAAAAUGGGCCCCUUGCAUCCAAACUAUAAAGAGAACGCACUGUACUACGCUUUUGGGAAAAUGAUCCGGGAUAGACUCAACAACGGCAACGGCUUUAAGAACGGCUCCGACGACAUAAUGCGAUACUCAGCCUUCCACCCUCUACUCAACGAGACCACCCGCCUGGCAAUAGAUGACGUCAAAGGUGGAGUAGAAAAGAUCGUCACGGAUCUGGGCCUAACACUCCUCAGCAUUAAAGACCUCGAGAUCGCCUUGGAGGCAAAAGCCCCGUGCGAGAGAUGGCGCUACGAGAAUCGCUUCCACUACUCUCGUCAAGGCCUCUGGAUUGGAUACACUCUCAGUGUCAUUGCGGCUCUGGCAUCUGUACUCGUCGGCAUGCACUCUAUUUACAUGAACGGCAUUACCUCCGAUACCCUGUUUUCGAAGAUUCUCGUGACCACGAGGAAUCCGACACUAGAUAAGCUGGUCAAAGAUCACGAGGGGGUUUGUCUCGGCGGUGAUCCGUUCCCCGAGAAACUGGAGAAGACGGAGUUGAUUUUUGCAAUUAUUGAUCAGACGGAUGGGGCGACGCAUACGGCUUUUGGAACUGUCGGCGAGACGACCCCCAUGCUUGGCUCUGUGGAGUAUAGGCGUUUGCUAAAUCCUGGGCGGGGGCAGGAGGCCACGAGCGCAUAG